AUGUUACCUCCAGCAAUCAAUUUUCCAAAGUGGUUAGAAGAGAAUAACCAUUUACUCAAACCACCAGUUGGAAAUAAAUGCAUGUACAAAGGGGAUAACUUCAUUGUUAUGAUAGUCGGUGGACCAAAUACAAGAGUUGAUUUUCAUAUAAAUACAACUGAAGAAUGGUUCUAUCAAUAUAAAGGUGCAAUGACAUUAAAAGUUGUGGAUGAAGGUAAAAUCAGAGAUAUAAUAAUUGGUGAAGGUGACAUGUAUCUAUUACCAGCCAACACACCUCAUUCACCAAGACGAGUGGCGGAUACGAUUGGAGUAGUGCUAGAAAUGGUUAGACCGGGAGAUGCGAUCGACAAGAUGAAAUGGUUCUGUCCGUCUUCAAAACACGCCGAUUCCCUCGUCCAGAUCAGAGAAGUGACCUUCCACUGUUCAGAUUUAGACACUCAACUGAAACCUGUCAUCGAAAGAUGGAUGUCAGAUGAAGAAUGGAGGACGUGUCCUGAGUGUGGUGAAGUUGCUCCCGCCAAGCCUUUCUGA